GAGCCUGGCAAGUUCCACGUCGAGGCGAUGGCUAAGAGGAGCGCCGAGGAGGCUGACAAGCUGGACGGCGUCCCGCUGGCCAAGCGCGCCCGCCUGUCGCGGGCGAAGCUCGCCCCGCAUAGCAAGAGGGCCGCGCUCGCCGAUGAGGAGAACGGCCAGUCCUACGCGGCGAAGCUGGAGGCCUUCGAGGUUUUCACUCGCACCGACGGCUGGGGGCACAUCAACGAGGCGGAUGUGGGCCCUGGAACCUGCUGCCGUCUACGCUUCCUACUCAAGUGGAAGAUGCAGGACAGGCAGAAGGUGGCCAACGCGCGCGCGCUCUACCAAGGGUCCAAGCACCGCGACGUCGCCGAGGGCCAGCUCGACAGGGGGGCGCCGACGCUCAGCUGGCUCGGCCGACGCGCGGUCAUGCUCUGGGCGUCUCUGAGGAAAUGGAGACUGUUCAGCGCGGAUGUGAAGCCCGCUUUCCUGCGGGCUGAGGGCGCGAGCGCGCGCGGCCUCAUGCUGCGCGCGAGCCCGACAAAAGGGAUGAGAGAGAUGCUCUCGCACCAGAUCGGCCAGCAACCUGGACAACCGCUCAAGAUGAUCAACCCGUGCUUUGGCGACCCGCGGUCGCCCAAGCUCUGGCGCUACCGCUCCGACGAAGUCCCGGAGGCGAUCGGGUUCAAGAAUCGCAGCCUCGAAGACUGCCUGCUGUUAUCCCUGCGCCCAGGGAGAGUCGAGGACGACCCGUUCGACGCGCGCAGCUUCGAGGGCCAGACCUACGCGGUGGACGGCCUGAUCGGUGAGCACGUAGACGACCUCAUCGGUUGCGGCGAGGGCGCGACGAACGAACAGGGCCCAAUACGCGAAGCGGAACAGUCCCUGAGCACCUACAGCGUGACCCUCAAGUUCGAGAAGUACCUGCACGCGGUGAAACUCAUUGCCGUCGUGGAGCAUCGGAGAGCUGACCCCGCGCGCGCGCUGUCGCCGAAGGAGCCCGCGAACUUCAGGACCCUGAAUGGACAGUUGCAGCGGCCGGCAGCCCAAGGAGUGAUCAUACCAGCGGCUGCUGUGUCAUUCCGAGCUUCGGCGACAGGUCCAGCCACCGUGCAGGACUUUCUGGAUGCAAACAAGGAUCUGCGCUUUCUGAAAGCCCACGCGGACGUAGGGCUGCACUUCGAGUUCGACACGGCCUGGAGCGACCUGCGAGUUGGCAGCUACACCGACGCGAACUGGACGAGCCGACAUGACGGCAGUUCGCAAGGAGGCAACGCGAUCUUCAUCGGACCCGCGGACGAGCUCAACGCCGGCACCCCGACGCCGUUCGUGGCCAUGGAGUGGGCCUCGAAGAAGCUGCAACGUUUGUGCAGGAGCUCGCUGUCGGCGGAGGCCCAGGCAGCAGCGUCGGGCGCGGACUCACUGAUGUGGGUGAAGGUCUCCCUGGCGUGGAACUUGCACCCUGACAUGGAGCUCGAAGAAGCGAUGGUGUACCUGGAAGAGUCGCCGUUCAUCACGGACGCGAAGUGUCUCUACGACGCGUCGCGCUCAUCGACGGCAGGCCUGGGCAUCAUGGAGAAGAGGACGGCCAUCGAGGUGAAGAUCGUGAACGAGCAGAUGACGGAGAUAGGCGUCACCUGA